UGAUUUGAGUGUAACAACAAUCUAAGAAGCUUGUAUUGUAUUGUAUCUCAAAUCAACAUCACUUUUUCUUUACUGAAUCAAAAGCUGAAACCAAAUGGUAUUACAAUCACAAUAACCUUCAUUCCUAAAUUCUUGACCCUUUAACGCUCUCCAAACCCCAAAAACAGGGGAAAUAAAAAACCAGAAACCCACCGUCUCAAAAAGGUGGUUCUUUUUUGUUUGAGGUGGGUACCUAAAGAAGAAAACACACACCAUGAUUGGACGCAGAGAAGGAGCAUUGAUGAGGAACAACGGUUCCCAUUCUCUUUGGAAAUCGAAGGUUGUAACCGCCGUAGCAAUUGGGGUCCUCAUUGGUUGCGUCUUCGCGUUCUUGUUCCCAAAUGGUUUCUUCUACUCUGUUCCCACUUCAACCCCAAAUCGCCACCUUUCUCUUGCCGGAUCCAAAACCCAGGAAAAUCCAGCUGAAUGUGAAUCCUCUGAUCGGCUCAACAUGUUGAAAUCAGAGUUGGUGGCAGUAUCAGAUAAAAAUGCUGAGCUGAAAAAACAGGCGAGGGAAUUGACAGAGAGGCUGCGAUUUGCGGAGCAAGGGAAAGAUCCGGCUCAAAAGCAGUUUCUUGCAUUGGGUAAACAGCAAAAAGCUGGACCUUUUGGUACCGUCAAGGGAUUAAGAACUAACCCUACUGUUGUUCCUGAUGAAUCCGUGAACCCAAGGUUGGCAAAGCUAUUACAGAAAAUCGCAGUUAAACAAGAGCUUAUAGUUGCGCUUGCAAACAGAAAUGUGAAGGAAAUGCUGGAGGUCUGGUUCACCAACAUCAAGAGAGUAAACAUAACCAAUUAUCUGGUUGUUGCUUUAGAUGAAGAGAUUGAACAGUUCUGCCAAUCAAAUCAAGUCCCAGUGUAUAAGAGAGAUCCGGAUGCAGCUGUCGAUAACAUUGGCAAGACAGGAGGGAACCAUAAGGUCUCAGGGCUUAAAUUCCGUAUUCUAAGAGAAUUUUUGCAGUUGGGGUAUGGUGUUCUUCUAUCAGAUGUGGACAUUGUAUAUUUGCAAAAUCCCUUCGAUCAUCUAUAUCGGGAUUCAGAUGUGGAGUCCAUGAGUGAUGGCCAUGAUAACAGGACGGCUUACGGUUAUAACGAUGUCUUUGAUGAACCUGCAAUGGGUUGGGCUCGAUAUGCACAUACCAUGAGGAUAUGGGUGUACAACUCUGGUUUCUUCUAUAUCAGACCAACAAUUCCCUCCAUUGAACUUUUGGAUCGUGUGGCAACUAGACUUUCCCAGGAGGAUGCAUGGGAUCAGGCAGUUUUCAACGAGGAGCUCUUUUUCCCCUCGCAUCCAGGCUAUGAAGGGCUACAUGCUGCAAGAAGAACUAUGGAUAUGUAUCUGUUCAUGAACAGCAAGGUUCUUUUCAAGACAGUGAGGAAUGAUGCUAAGCUAAGCAAGUUGAAACCGGUAAUUGUUCAUGUGAAUUACCACCCUGAUAAGCUUCCGCGAAUGAAAGCGGUUGUCGAAUUCUAUGUCAACGGGAAGCAGGAUGCUCUCAAAGCUUUCCCUGAAGGCUCAAAUUGGUAACCUUGCCUUUGUUCAGAACAGGUUUUUCAGUAGAUUUUAUUAGUAUAUAAAAGCAUAACUUUAGGCCAAAAAGGAUGUGACUUAUAAGCACAUUGAGUUAUGUUGUUUGCCCCAUUUCUUAUAUGGUUCCGUUCUCUUCUCCUUCUCUUUGUUGUGCUUUCUUUAGAGGGGGCUUAUAUGAGAUUUUCUUGUGUAACAUUUGUUGUUUGCUAAUGGAAAAGCUUUGUUGUUUUUA